AUGGCAGCAUCCCUAAGAGACGAUGAGCUGCGGAGGGAACUCAAGGCUUUGGGCUUUGAUCCAGGUCCAAUAACGGCAACUACAAGGUCUGUUUAUAUAAAAAAACUUGAAAAGCUCCAAAAGGAGAAGAAGUCAUUCAGUGUGGGUAUUUCAACAAAAGAAGCAUCAGAAACACCUAAACAAAUAUCUAAGUCACGCAAAUCAACUGGGACUAUAAAUUCAAGCUCUUCAGGAACAGAAGGUUCCAGUGUAAUCAGUCGUAAGCAUACAACUAUCGAAUCGAACCAUGACAUAGGAACAGAGAAUAAACACUUUCCCAGUAAACAAUAUUCAAAAUCCAAGCCACCUCUUACCGGACAUAAUGUGGAUUUAUCUGAACCUUACACUGAUAUACUUCCGAGCUUAAUCCCAAUAGGAACAUCUCAAGCGGAACCCGUGAAUAAGUUUCGUAACGAUUCCGAUAUGAUCACUCCAGUUUCUUCACAUACGCAGUAUCCUGCACAAAGAUUUUCACGUGACCUCAAUCAGAGCUCAGUUGAUUAUACACCCACCAGGAAAACGUAUAUUUAUAUUAAGGAUGAUUCUGUAGACGAUGAUACAGAUGACGAAUUAUCAAAACCAAGUUCGAUGUCAUCCACCUUGUCCAGAGUUACUGGUUGGCUCAAUCGGAGUGCCCAUGAAUUUACGAAACCUAGGUCUCCAAGGGAUGAGUCUGUUUAUGAAAAAUCCAAACUUAGUGUUCGUCGUUCCUCACACAGCAAUGAUCGUUUACAAAUAUCAGAUACAGAUAGUUCUGAUAUAGAAAAGUCCACUCAGAGCCCUUUCUUCAAGAGACUGUAUUCCUCUCCAUUCAGGAACAUGAAAUCGCGAGAUACUGGAAUCACAACGUCUCCUGGUCUUCUCUUCACUCCACCAUCUAGGAAUCUUGAUAAGCCGACAUAUCACGGUGUUUCUAUUUUAUCUGAAGAUACUGAUUUCAAUGAUCUUGUUCGUAGCCAAAAGCAGCGUGAUCAAAAGAACAGCUUUUCAAAUUAUUUCUUAUUUGGGAAGCAUUUCCCUUGCAGUGUCUCAAAUAUCCCUAAUUUGAUUCUUAUUUCAAGCAUAAUCGUGUGUUUUAUGUUAGUUGCAAGUUAUUUAUUCUUGAAGGAUCACCAUGGAGAAGUUGGUAAAAUGGCAGAUGUACAGAAGUUACUUUGUCGAUCUCCAGGCGACUACAAUAAUAGUCUUACAAAAGGCUUACAUCGCUGCCUACAUGAAGAUGAUCUAACUGCAUCCUUAUGGGUUCUUGGGAUUUUAUAUGAUAUUCUCAGUCGUUACGCUGGGGAGUUUUACUGUAAAGUUGGAGUUUUAACUAGUCCUCGUCUAGAUGUAUCUUCUGCUGAACGUCUAGUUGAGCACAGCUUACAAAUGAAAGGCUGGCCAACAUUUCCGAAAACUGAUUUUCGUCGGGUGUGGGAUAAUACACUUUAUUUGUUACUUCAUGUUGGGAAGAUACAUUUUAGUCUUGUUGCUGUUGACGUUAGCAAAUCUGAACUAGGACCACUCAAUCGAGUAAUCCAAAUCACUGAACUUGAAAGUCUUAAACCAUAUUUUCCUGGCGUUUGUCGACUCCGACGGUGUUUUCAAUGGUUUGCUGGUGUAUGCGUAACUUUUUUCUGGGUCGUAUUAGUUUGUGUGAUUAUUUUGGGGGUUUGUUAUGGAGUUUAUCUACUUCGCUCUAGAAAAUUACGCGCAUUAGAACGUCAAAACUGUCGAGUAAGAGAACUGGUGGCAGAAGUUGUAUACUUGCUACAAGAUCAGUUACGAGAAAAUGAAGCCAGUGCUAAUCAGCCUCCUUAUGUUCCUGUCUAUAUGAUACGUGACCGCUUGCGUCAAAAACAUCACGACUUAGAUCGGUUCUGGCCUGAAGUUACGCGUUAUGUUUAUGAAGUAGAAACUUGUAUCGGUGUACAAGAAUGGAGAGGUGUAGGUGAAACAUGGCAGUGGCAAAGUGGCACAGGUUGGCAAGGUUCUGCACUUAUGGACACGUCACAGAAGCCAAGUUUUAUUGUUCCCCCAACGGAGUGCUUGAAAAUAAGGAAUAUGUUUUCUACUGAAAGUAUCGAUGAACGUGGACGUAAAAGAAUCAAACGCGAACUCUUAAAAAAAUUAAUGCCUUGUGGGUCCAUUUUACACAUAGGUUUAGAUAGUGUUGGAAUAAAUGGAUUGGUGUAUGUAAAGUGUGCAGAUCCGGAAACUGCAGGUCGCGUUUUCCACUCGAUACAUGCUAAUUAUUUUGAUGGUCGUUUGUUGACUGUAAAGUUCUUACGGGAUAAUAAGUAUUGUUUACGCUUCCCUGAGGCUCAUAGUAUAAAACAGCCACUUCAAAUAGAAGAUUUCGAAUGA